AAAAUUAUAAAGAGGCACAAAAAAAAGCCAAAAGGACCUAAACAGAAGGUGCAUGUAAAAAAUACAUGAGGUGUAGCACAUAGAAUUAUAAUCGUCCUUCGUGUUCUUCCUCUUUACCUCAAAUGAUAGAAGACGUUGACUCGUACUGAACAAGCAUUUUUCUGCUUUUUUCCGAACAACCACUCUUGACCCAUUUUCCACGAAACCUCCCCCCAACCCCCAAAAAACCCUUCGUUAAUGGCCGCUCUAUUAUUUUCUUCUUCAUUCUCUCAGUCAAACCCACGUCUUUGAAUCCCACCUUAAACCCCUUUUCUACACACACACACACACACACACACAGACAGAGACAGAGACAGUUUUCCUCCUUCUCUUCCUUGUUUGUUGCUAUGGCGGUGCGCAGUCUCGAAGCCGUUAUCGCCGCCAUGGUCAGCUUCUUCGUCUUCACCGUCCUCCUCGCCAUCGUCUUCCUAGUCUGCAAAUCCAGAAAAUCCAAAUCCCGCUCUUCGGGUCGGACCACCCGUUCCCGGGCAAUCCCUAACCCGCCCCUUCUCACCUCCGUCGCCGUCGACGAGAGCGCGUCGUUUGACCCUUCUCUCAGAGUCUCCAUGAACGAGAUCAUCGAAGCCACGAAGAGCUUCUCUCCGGAUCUGAUCGUAGGCGAUGGGAGCUUCGGGUUCGUGUACAAAGCACAGCUCCCCAACGGACCUCUCGUCGCCAUCAAAAAGCUCGACCCGGAUGCUUUUCAAGGGUUUCGGGAAUUUCGGGCGGAGAUGGAAACUCUGAGUAAGGUCCAGCAUAAGAAUUUGGUCCGGAUUCUCGGGUACUGCGUUUCGGGUUCGGAUCGGAUACUGAUUUACGAGUUCAUCGAGAGGGGUAAUUUGGAUUUUUGGCUUCACGACUACUCGUCGUCUACGUCGUCGUCGUCGUCGACGACUGAGGGUGGUGGUGAUAACGUGUCGGGUUUGCGAUUACCGUUAUCUUGGGAGACGAGGAAUAAGAUCAUCCGUGGGGUUGCUAAUGGGCUUUGCUAUUUGCAUGGGUUGGAUAAGCCCAUUAUUCAUAGGGACAUCAAGGCUAGCAAUGUGCUGUUGGAUUCGGAGUUUGAGGCUCACAUUUCGGAUUUUGGGCUCGCAAGGAUGAUCGACUCCUCGCAUUCUCACGUGUCGACCCAGUUCGCCGGCACCAUGGGUUACAUGCCGCCCGAGUAUAAGGAAGGGCUAACGGCGGCGACAGUGAAAGCGGACGUUUACAGUUUUGGGGUUUUGAUGUUGGAGACUGCCACCGGUAAACGGCCCAAUUUGCCUCAAAAGUACGAUGGACAAGAAAUAAUGGGCUGGGUUGAAUGGGCUAGAAAAAUGGUGGACAAUAAUCGACAAAUGGAAAUGGUGGAUCAAAAUAUUUCAAGACAGGGAUUGGAUGAAGCUAGGGUUAAGGAGUAUUUUAGAAUUGCAUGUAUGUGUGUUGAUGAGAUGUCAAAGAAAAGGCCCACUAUGAGCGAUGUGGUUCAAUUGCUGAAGCAAAAUUCCAAGUGAAAUUUGUACUUUUCAAUCCAAUUUUAGAGAAUAAUAAUCGUUGAAAAGUUGUCAAUGUAUGAAAUUAUGAAAAGAUUAAUGUACAUAGGGUUAUUGAGCCAAUAUUUAUCAAAAAAAUGAUAAAUAGGCAUAAGAGUAAUAAUAUACAAGUGCGGACAAUUCAUUUA